GAACUCGGAGACGGUCGUCGCGCGGAGGAGGAAAUCAAAUCGGGAAAAGAAAAGUAUAAUGGCGAGGCGAGAGGGAGUGGGGAAGGUGGGAAGCGGCUGCCCAAAGCUAGCCCGCGCCGCGUCUCCUCCCCCCACCGCACCUCGCACGCCUUCUUCUACCCCCCGCCUCUCCCCCCUCCACGGCCAGACCACACCACACCACACCACACCGUCCUCCUCUCGUCGUCCCGCGCUUCACGGCUCGGCCAGCAGCGCCGCUUUCCCGCGCGUUUCAAUUCAGCUCAGAACGACGAACAGCUUGCCGCGCGGCGCGCCGAGGAGUUGUUCCUUUUCUGAUCGGGUAGCUUGCUAGCUAGCUGAUCGGAAAACAAGCAGGAUAGGAUGAUGUGCGACACGGCGGCGGCCGUGCCGGUGGCAGCGCCGCGGUACAGGGGCGUGCGGAAGCGGCCGUGGGGCCGGUUCGCGGCGGAGAUCCGCGACCCGGCCAAGCGCGCGCGCGUCUGGCUCGGCACCUUCGACUCCGCCGAGGCCGCCGCGCGGGCCUACGACGUCGCCGCGCGGACCCUGCGCGGGCCCCUAGCCAGGACCAACUUCCCCUCCGCCGCCUCCCGCCUCCCGCUGGCAUCACGCCCCGUCGCGCCGGCGCCGGCCGCGCCCACGUGCAGCUCCAGCUCCACCGUCGAGUCCUCCAGCGGGCCCCGUGGGGCGCAGCCCAGGGCGGCGGCAGGGACGACGGCGGUGGCUCCUCGAAGCAGCAGGCGGUUGGUAAAGCCGCGUCCCCCGCGGAAGGCGGCGCCCGAGGCCGACUGCCACAGCGACUGCGCCUCGUCGGCCUCCGUCGUGGACGACGGCGACGACGCCUCCACGGUCCGGUCGCGCGCGCCGCUCGGGCUCGACCUCAACCUCCCGGCGCCGGUGGACGAAGACCACGGCCUCCAACUCUGCACGGAGCUGCGGCUCUGAGCCAUAGGAUCCACCAACAGAAACAGCAAAAAAAGAGAAGGCGAUUUUGCUUUGGUCUUCUUUUCUUGACGAGAUUCUGAUUGACUUAGCUGUGCUCGAGAUAGAGCCUGUACUUCUAUUCUGUACGCGAUAAGGGCCUGUUUGGCAACCAUGUGUUAAAGUUUAACACCUGUCACAUCGGAUGUUUGGAUGCUAAUUAGGAGUAUUAAACAUAGGCUAAUUACAAAACUAAUUGCACA